AUGUCUCUCCUCCCUCAGAAGCUGUCUAACUCUGCCCUGUUCUGCUGGGGGGAGGUGAUCGAGGGGAACUUGGGGCUCCCAAAUACAGGAGAAGAAGAGGAGAGAGAACCCCUGAAGAAGAAGAGAGAGAACCCCCUGGGGCAACCUCAGACAGGAGAAGAAGAGGAGAGAGAACCCCUGAAGAAGAAGAGAGAGAACCCCCUGGGGCAACCUCAGACAGGAGAAGAAGAGGAGAGAGAACCCCUGAAGAAGAAGAGAGAGAACCCCCUGGGGAAACCUCAGACAGGAGAAGAAGAGGAGAGAGAACCCCUGAAGAAGAAGAGAGAGAACCCCCUGGGUAACCUCAGACAGGAGAAGAAGAGGAGAGAGAACCCCUGA